AUGCAGAAGCUGAAAAGUAAACGAGCUAGGAAGAAGGAAAUUGAUAACCGGGCCUCUAAAGACAGGAAGACCAAAUGUGUUCCAAUUCUUAAACUGGUGAAUUUUCAUCCAGCAAUGCCGGAAAUGGUCGAGUGGAGGAAUCACGAAACGCGGAAUGAACUCUUCAAGUUAAUGGAGACGCCAACGCCGGGAAAGGUGAUAAUCAUCGCUCUCAGACAGCUUCGAGGUGCCGAAAACGCCGUUUGA